AUGAUCGAUCGAAUCAAUCAGCAAGGUCUAGUCAUCCCAUAUUCGGAUGUCACCAUUACGACCAAGGUACUCGACCUCGUGACAAUCCACGGGUCGAAUUGCAACAAUCUCUACCAUCCGCCAAUUGAGGGCGUGGAGGUUCUGCGAGCGGUGCCAUCUCUCAGCUUUCUGCUCGAACAUCACUCCGGGCAGAAGUUGUUGUUCGACCUGGGCGUCCCGACAGAUCUUGAAACGCUGGGGUCGGAGGUCGCUGACCGAUUGAAGAAGGUCGGCCACCAGAUCACAGUCCAGAAAGACGUGGUCGAUGCGCUCGAAGAACACAAUAUCAAGCGGGAGGACAUCAAUGCAGUGAUCUGGAGCCAUACUCAUUGGGAUCACAAGGGUAACAUGGCUUUGUUUCCUCCGUCGACGACUUUGGUCCUCGGACCAAAUGCCUUGGAGACCUUCGUUACCAAUGGGGGCAACUCAGGCGUGGGAGGGAUCAACGAACAAGACAUCAAAGGCCGCAAAGUCAGAGAAAUCGACUUUGAUGGCCCCGAAACCCUACAGAUCGGAUCACUGCGAGCCGUGGACUACUUCAAUGACGGAUCGCUAUACCUCCUCGACACGCCAGGACACAGCGUCGGCCAUCUGUGCGCCCUGGUCCGUACGACAACAGGUCCGGAGUCGACGUUCCUGUUCCUCGGAGGAGACUGCGCCCAUCAUUGUGGAGAAGUUCGGCCAUCAGAAUAUCUGCCUUUGCCCGACUCGAUCCUCCCCAACCCUCUGCCAUUGGUGAACCGUGACAAUCCCUUUUGCCCCGGUACACGCUUCGAGGAGCUGAACAAGUCUCGAGGAAUGACCACCAAAGGUCCUGUAUGGCGGCCGAAAUGGGGCGCGGACUUGGCCGAAGCGAUUCUUUCCAUUGGCAAGAUGCAAGAAUUUGACGGGCAAGAGAAUGUGUUGUUGCUCCUGGCGCAUGAUUCCUGUGCAAGACAUGUCAACAUGCCUUUGUUUCCCGAGUCUAUCAAUGACUGGUAUGAACGAGGACUAGGUCGAGAUUUGAGAUGGAACUGGAUCGCUGAUAUAGAGAAGGGGCUUCCUACGGAGUCUGUAUCUUAG